AUGGGAGAAGUGUUGACUCUCUCGUUUGGCCAGUAUGCCAAUAACACCACAACGCACUUGUACAACUGCCAGGAACUGCAAAUUCCUUACACCAGAAACACACCCGUGAACCACAACUUGACCACCUUUUUGAGUAAAUCAUACCUGCCGAAUAGUGGUGGUGGUAGUAGCGGUGGUAAUGCCAAUUACUAUCCGCGUGCGUUGGUGUUUGAGUUACGAGGCGGGCUAGGUGCCUUAAACAAAUACGAAUAUUCCGAAAAGACUCCUCAAUUUGACCAACCAGUGACAAAUCAACCAGCCAAUCCCGUGGCCAAAAACGAAUACCAACGGGGGUUAGACCUAAACUUGCCCACUGACUCACUACUAAACACAAACAAUACCAAAUACUGGACCGAUUUCAAUAAACUCAUCUACAAGCCCAACUCGAUCAUCACAUCACCCAAUUUCAUCCACGAAUACAAAAAACCAGGCUCACAUUUCAAUUUUACCAAUCAGAAAUACGAACUUUUCCAAACGGGUCAAUUGGAAUUUCAAACCGUGGCAAAUGAUUCGGUGGAAAGUUGCCGGUAUUGGUUGGAAAAAUGCGAUUAUUUCCAAGGUAUGCAAAUAGGCACCACCACCAAUGACGCCUGGGGUGGGUUUACCACAUCGAUGAUCCAAGCGGUACAAGAUGAAUUUUUCAACAACAACAAUAAGGAAAAUAUCUGGAUCUAUGCUACAAUGAAUCAAAAACAGCAACAACAUCCCAAGAAGAAAAACACGUUGUUGCAACUGAUUUCGGAAAUUUACUCCUUCAUUGAACUAUGCAAUCACCUGUCGGUGCUUUUCCCCAUUAAACCAGAUUACAACUCAUCGCUAUUAAAUGUAAAGUUCGACACCAGUUCAAUCUGGCAUACGUCUUUUAUCCCUGCCAUUUUCAUCAAUGCAAUCUGGGGGGUCAACAGUCAACUCGACAAUAUCGCUAGCAUGUCCUUGAUUCAAGGUUGCAUAUUGAAAGGCGAUGAAUCAAGGAAAGUUGUAAAUGAGAUCAAAAUCGUUGGUGAAAACACCGGUGGUAAUAACAGUUUUAAUGGCAUGAUGAUGGAUGUCGAUUUGAAUUCGAUCAAAGACUGGACAAGAUUGAGCCUGAGUAAUCAGCCAAAUGAUAUAAGCUUGGGAAUAAGCGGCGCCGACGAGCGGUAUUUUUCACGCAAUUACAUAUCCAUGACGAAACUCGCACUUGAAGCACAGCAAGAUGCGGACAUCUCGAGCAAUUUCGUCAAUCCCUGGAUUGACAAUAUUCUAAAUGGAGAUACCGCUCCCGGUAUAAUCGACAAGAAAAAGAGCAAUAACUUUUACACCACAUUCAAUGUUCACGCUGGCUUGAGAACAUACCUCAAACCUUAUCGCGUCAUUAUAGAAAACACUAGACAAGGUCAACUUACAAAUGUUGUAGAGGACAAGGAUGAGUUGCUUAAUGAUAUAAGCAACUUGAUGACGAGCUAUUCAUGCGGAUUCGAGUCCGAUGAUGAUGAUUUUUACGAUUAA